GCAGCAGCAGCAGCAGCGACGUCACUCCCUGACGGCGGCAUCAGAGCAGCAGCGAGUCGGUUGCUCCGGAACUCGGCGGAGGAACACAACGUCGGUCAGCGGUGAGGGUCCCUCUGCCUUUGGACUGUCUGGACGGCUAAUUUCCGCGUCUGUGGCUCAGCUUUGGCAGACAGAAGUAAGGUCGUUUUGAGUGUUUUUCCAGUCCAUUAGUCAGAUGUCAGUGGCUUUAGUAAACCGAGGAACACUGUCUGAAAACAACACAAGAUGGUGAUUAUCAGUGUUGCAUCCCUCAGAAGGACAUCACAGGCCAUUGAGACGGGGAACAGAUGUUUGCAGUGAAGAGGAGCAGACUGGAGAGGAGGUAGUAACAGGUGCUGUGUGCCAUAGUGGAUUUGGAAGUGUGGAGGAAAGCUGAAGAUCAUGGGUAAAUCAAACAGCAAGCUCAAGCCAGAGGUGGUGGAGGAGUUGACAAGGAAAACCUACUUUACAGAGAAAGAGGUGCAGCAAUGGUACAAAGGCUUCAUUAAAGACUGUCCCAGUGGGCAGCUGGAUGCUGUGGGCUUUCAGAAGAUAUACAAGCAGUUCUUUCCUUUUGGAGAUCCCACAAAGUUUGCCUCUUUUGUCUUCAACGUAUUUGACGAAAAUAAGGAUGGACGCAUCGAAUUCUCUGAGUUCAUCCAGGCCCUCUCUGUGACCUCGCGGGGGACUCUGGAUGAGAAGUUGAGAUGGGCUUUUAAACUAUACGACCUUGAUAAUGAUGGCUACAUCACCCGAGAUGAGAUGUUGAACAUCGUAGAUGCCAUUUAUCAGAUGGUGGGGAACACUGUGGAGUUGCCAGAAGAGGAAAACACACCAGAAAAGCGAGUGGAUCGCAUCUUUGCAAUGAUGGACAAGAAUGCAGACGGAAAGCUGACUCUGCAGGAGUUUCAGGAGGGUUCAAAGGCAGACCCCUCUAUUGUUCAGGCUUUAUCACUCUAUGAUGGACUCGUGUAGGAAUGAAAGAUGGAUCCAACUAAGCAUCCUGCUGCGUGUUAAACAGUAAUCCAGCACCAUCACACCUGUAACAUGAGGAUCCACUUUUAACUACUCUUGAAGACUGCAAACUUCUGUCGCACGACCGUACAGCAUCUGUGUCAAGUAGCUGUUCGUCUACAUUUCCUGUAAGGAUUGUAAACAAAUAUAUCCUCUGAUGUGUACGCAGAGUUCAAACAUGUCAGCUAAAUCCUAUACGCCAUUUAUCUGUGCUUCUACAGCUAUGUAGCACUGCGUACAAAUUUGAGUAUUGUGGACUGUGCAAACAUUUCUACAAGGGAAGUGUUGUGAUUUCCCCAUGGAGAGUCCAAGGAAGUGAAUCCCCCCUUGUUCACAUGCUGGGAAGAGCUUCUCCGAUGAACUGUGUGCUGCAUCCUCACCAUAUGGAGAGACUCUGAACCUGGGAAAAUCUGGAAAAUGUGUUACAUGGUGAUAAUAUGAACACUAACUUAAAGUGAAAAAAAAAAAAGCAGUAUACUGUACAUAAUAUCAUGUAAAUAUAAUGGUAAUUUAUUUUCUGCUUUGCUGCAUUUAUGGGAAAUGUUCCCAUAAGUAUGGAAUGAAGUUUUAUUUUUUAUCAAAGGUGUUGAAAUGUAUUGCACUGUAUUUUUCAUUAUUAUUGUGGGAUUGUUUUAUUCUCACAUUCUGAAGUUUCCUUCUCCUGAGAGACUGGGUGUUUUUUAUUUGACAAAGAGCGUUGAAGGAGCGGGGAGUUUUCAAUGGAUUAUUUUACUAUGUUUCUAUUAUUGCUUCCUAUUGUGUUUUUACUUCCCCAUAAGCACGAUCACCCAGUCUUUAAAGUGUUGCACAGCCACAUCCUGAACUACAUGACCAAGCAACAGGGUGUAAUCACAAAGCUUUACGUCUGGAUUGAGGCUCAUUUUAUCUUUUGAGAGCAUUGUACUCCGCCCUCAGCACACACAGAGCCCUGGUCACAAACAGACUUCAACUCUGCUUGUAAAAGCUUUGUGAGCACCUUUGUUGCAAUUUGUAUUUUUCCUUUGUGAGACCAGAGCAUGUGUUGAUGUUGCAUUUUUUCAUUCCUGGACUAUUUUACUUACAGCAUUAAGAUGUUUCAUCAGCUUCACUGAUUUUAUGCCUUAUGCAAAUGAUGAUUUAAUCAAUGAUAAAUGUCAUUUACCUGUUGAUUAACACUAGAAGAGCACAGAAUAAAAUGCAUUUAAGUGGCUGACCUUU